AAGCCACAGCCUACCUAUACACAGCCCAGGAGGCAGACCUAUCUGCUCUGAUUACUCACCCUUGAGAUCUAAGAUGGACAGAAUGGAUUCUGAUUCAUUCCUCCUUGCUCCUACUGAGGCACUCAGUAAGCACACUGAGUGCACCUAUUUUGUGCCUGCUGUGUACCAGGUAACGAGAAGCUGGUGAGACAGACCCAGGACGCAGCAUCCACAGCUACCAGCUCUCAAGAAUGAGCAAACAGAAGGCAGAGCCAAAGCCAGAGCCUCCCCUCCCUGCACUUCCACCUUUCCAGGCUCUGCCGUGGCCAUCCUGAUGUGUUCCCUCCCCAUCACAGACGCUUGUUCUCUUCCUCACGAGAGAAGACUAGGAUGUGAGUUCUCAUACUAUGGUGUAAAUGACUACCAAGCGCUCAAACCGCGGACCUACAAAUGACCCUCCUGGAAGGCUGUCGCUGUGCACAGAAAGCCAGAGGGUUCCAGGGAGACCCAGCUGCGCUCGGUUACUGCUCAGCUCAGCGUUUGCACGCGUUUCCAAGUAACACAGCUCCUGGGUCUUCUUGAGCCGUGGCGGUGAGCACUCUGAGGAGCCGGGCACUCAGCGCCUGCCCCGGGAGCUCACCCGGAAGCUGAGCCAUGCCGAAUGAGGAGCGUGAGGCACCACAGGAACCCCAGCCGCCGGCCGCCGGCCGCCAAAGCCAAAGAGGGAGGCCUCGGCGCAGGGGGAUCUCGGCAUGAUCCGCAGAGGAGGUGCCAUUCCCGGGAUUUUGUCGGGAGGGAAGGAGGAGGUGCUUUGAGCUGGAGUCACUUCCAGAAACACAGAGAUGGCAUUGGAUCCGGACUCGAGGGAUGAGCGAGCCGCUCCUGAGGAGCGGAGGGCGCAGCGGCAGCAUCGAAGAGGCUUCCCGCCCACGCUCUGAGACCCAAGUGCCGCAUCCGAGGCCGCCUCCCGCGCACACCCGCGCAACCCUGCGCUCCCGACCCGCCGGCGUGCGGCGGCCGCGGCACCGCGGCGCGGGUUUGCGGAGACGCUGCGCCGCGCUGAAUGCUUUAUGUCGGAAUGGACCAAUGGGAUGGCGGCACCCGGUUGCCAGGGCUACACGGCGAGCGGGGGCGGAGCCGGGGCGCCGUGGGCGGAGCCGGGGCGGGGCUUAUAUAAGCGGGCGGCGGGCGCAAGGCGGGGCGUGGGGUCGGUGGCCGCUGGGCGGGCGGGGCGCAGGCCGCGGGGCCCGAGCCGGGGGGAGCGAGCGAGCGGAGGAGCCGAGGAUCCGAUUCACUCGCUGGGGAGACCUAUGGGCCGAAGCCGUGUAAAUGCGUUUUAAGCAGGGGCCUCGGCUCCGCAACUGCCACUCCUCCUCGGGGUGUUGCACAAGUUUCGAGGUCACCGGCGACCCCCCCUAGCAGCGCGCCUGCUCUGGCCCCCGCGAAGGAGGACGGGGCUUGUGUUGCAUACUUUCUAAGGCGGCGGCGGCGGCGGCGGCGGCGGCGGCGGCGGCGGCUCCAUCCAGGUCGCCGGCCGCUCUUCCUCGGCAUGGCUGGCUACCUGAGGGAAGCGGACUUCGUGAUGGUGGAAGAGGGUUUCAGCACCCGCGACCUGCUGGAGGAGCUCACUCUGGGGGCCUCCCAGGCCACCACGGACGAGGUGGCUGCCUUCUUCGUGGCCGACCUGGGUGCCGUGGUGAGGAAGCACUUGUGCUUUCUGAAGUGCCUGCCGCGAGUCCGGCCCUUCUACGUGGUCAGGUGCAACAGCAGCCCCGGUGUGCUGAAGGUCCUGGCUGAGCUGGGGCUGGGCUUCAGCUGUGCCAACAAGGCAGAGAUGGAGUUGGUCCAGCAUAUUGGUGUCCCCACCAGUAAGAUCAUCUAUGCCAACCCCUGCAAGCAAAUUGCCCAGAUCAAGUACGCUGCCAAGCACGGGGUCCGGCUGCUGAGCUUUGACAACGAGAUGGAGCUGGCCAAGGUGGCAAAGAGCCACCCCAGUACCAAGUUGGUCCUGUGCGUUGCCACGGACGACUCCUACUCCACGAGCCACCUGAGCCUGAAGUUCGGAGCGGCGCUGAAUUCCUGCAGACAUCUGCUUGAAAAUGCCAAGAAGAGCCACGUGGAGGUGGUAGGGGUGAGUUUCCACAUCAGCAGUGGCUGUCCUGACCCUCGGGCCUAUGCCCAGUCCAUCGCAGAUGCCCGGCUGGUAUUUGAAAUGGGUUCCGAGCUGGGUCACAGGAUGCACAUUCUUGACCUCGGCGGCGGCUUCCCUGGCAUAGAGGGGGCCAAAGUGAGAUUCGAAGAGGUUGCUUCUGUGAUCAACUCAGCCUUGGACCUGUACUUCCCAGAGGGCUGCGGUGUGGACGUCCUUGCCGAGCUGGGCCGCUACUACGUAACCUCGGCCUUCACCGUGGCUGUCAGCAUCGUUGCCAAGAAGGAGGUUCUCCUGGACCAGCCCGGCAGGGAGGAGGAAAACGGCUCCACCCCCAAGACCAUCAUGUACCACCUCGCAGAGGGCGUGUAUGGGAUCUUCAACUCAGUCCUGUUUGACAGCGUCUGCCCAACCCCCAUCUUACAGAAGAAACCAUCCGCGGAGCAGCCCCUGUACAGCAGCAGCCUGUGGGGCCCGGCGGCCGAGGGCUGUGACUGCGUGGCCGAGGGCCUGUGGCUGCCACAACUACACGUAGGGGACUGGCUGGUCUUUGACAACAUGGGCGCCUACACCAUUGGCACGGGUUCCCUCCUCAAGGGGACCCAGGCCUGUCGCAUCACCUAUGCCAUGUCCCGGGUGGCUUGGGAAGCGCUGCGAGGGCAGCUGCUGCCCGCGGACCAGGAGGAGGACGCCGAGGGCGUGUGCAAGCCUCUGUCCUGCGGCUGGGAGAUCACAGACACCUUGUGUGUGGGCCCCGUCUUCACCCCGGCGAGCAUCAUGUGAGCGGGCCCCGUUCCCCCCUGGAGAACCCCCGCGGGGCCCCAGCGAUGCCUCUGGGAGAGGUGGGGCAGGCGGCGAGCAGAGCGCCCUGCGGCCGGGACUCAGGUGCCUGCUCUGCUGCCCCCACACUCCACCUGUAGUUUCUGCCCUGUAAAUAGGACCAGUCUCACACUCGCUGUAGUUCAAGUAUGCAACAUAAAUCCUGUCCCUUCCAGUCGUGUCUGCCUCCUGUGCCUCGCAAGGGCCUGGUCAGCCAGUUGUGUGUGUGUGUCGGGGGGAGGGGUGCAAUACGGGGUCUCCUGCCAUCUCCUUCCUCCCUUUGUAAAUAUGAAGCAAAUAAAUAUUUAGUUUUCUUAUA